AUGCCACGCCCGAAAAGACCCGGCGCACCUGAACCGAAACGGCGAAGUCGAAAUGGAUGCUGGCCGUGUAAGAACCGCAAGAUUAAAUGCGGUGAAGAGCGACCCAAUUGUUUAAAUUGCCAGAGGACCGGUGAAACAUGUGACUAUAGCAUCCGACUGAACUGGGAAGGUCGAAGAGGAAAACGACCAGAACCUGGUGUGAUAGACUUUGGCCGAGAGGUCUUAUCACCGCCCGCCAGAGGGUUCAAGCUGGUUCAUCAAUAUCCUUCGGCAGACGCCCCAGGAACACGGAGACUGGAACCCCUGACCAGCCCGUCAAGCCAGCCAAAGGCUGAGCGCAACAACACCAAUAGAGUACUUCCUCAGGCCGUAGUUCCUUUAGAAAAUCCGUCAUCUACGAGUGUUGACGAUACGGACUCCCCUCUGCCUGCCAGUAAGCGCGCGAAGCUGACGUCGGAUCUCCAGUCGCCCGAGCUCCAAUCGGCGCGCCCGAUUGAACAGAGACAUAAUUCUGCAGCCAGCUCGACCUUGGACUCGAGCGUAGCGUCCUUCCGGUUCACAGUCGGGUCUGGUUUGUCGGCCGGGUCCCCACUGACCCCAACUACAUCGUCUACAUUUAGCGACGAUGAUCAACGCCACGCGAGCCGGAGACUUUCCGUCAAUUCGCUCUUAUCGGCACCACCGGGUCCUCAGGCUUGGCCGGAUGAAAAUAGUAGCCGCGCCAGCACCAGCCUACCGCCGAUAGACACACGAUCGCGACCAUCGGCGAAUUCAACUUAUUAUGGCGUCGACCGAGGAUUUGCGGACCUCGACUUGGGUAGAAAUGAUGACAUGGCCGCCAUUAGUGGCUCAUCGCCGCUAUUACCACGCGAAGGAGAUAACCCUUUCGGGCAACACAGUGACGAUAUGGUUUGGACCGAAUUUGGAUUCGGAGUUGAGACUAAUGAAUUCGAGGAGGAAGAGGGUGGGUAUUACUCAAAGCCCGUAUCGAUUUACAUUCCUCGCAAUCUCGAACCCCUCCCAUCCACACUCAUAGACAAUCCUAUGAACCUUCUCUACUUUCAUCACUUCUUAAACCAUACCGCUCGAGUCCUCGUCCCAUAUGAUGAUCCUCACGCCAAUCCAUUUCGGACAAUCCUCCCACAGAUGGCCGUCAAGAAUGAUAACCUCUUAGCGCUCCUCCUAGCAUAUUCAGCUUCGCAUAGAGCACGAGUUCUCAAUCAUCCGGAGCCAACCUUCAGGAUUGCUGUUUGGGUGGAUGAUGUAUUUCCCUCUCUCCGGCAGGCUCUCAGCGACCCGAACAAGAACUUCUCAAACACGAAUCUUGCGACCGCCAUCAUGUUGACUUCACUUGAGAUCAUCUCACCGAAACUUUUUGGAUACGACAUACCAUGGCAAAGGCACCUCGGUCUCGCAAGGGAACUGAUCACAGCGCGUCCAGGUGGCCUACGCGGACUACAAUCUAAUUUCCGUCAUGAUCCUGUUUGCUCUUUUCUGUGGAGCUGGGCUGCAUAUCUAGAUGUGAUUGGUAGUCUUAGUGGAGGGCCUAAGGAUUCGUCUUCUGCCUGGAUAUUCGACUACGAAGUGGAUGACAUCGACGAUGGCUACGAUGAGAUUGACUGCAUCAUGGGUUUUACUACGCGCUGUAUCUAUCUCCUUGCUAAGAUUGCUGAUCUUGCUAGGAAGUGCGAUUCCGAGCGUAUCGGGGACGAUUUCAAUGUGCGAAACGACUGGGAGCCAAGUGAAGAAGUUUUCGAACAAGCUGCAAAGAUCGAAGCAGCUGUCACUGAGAGCAUGGUCCAAUCGCCUGUUCCUUGCAAGCAUAUCCACAAAAAAGGGGAUAUAGAAAAGUGGGAUAGGCGCGAGAUGGAAGCGACUAACGAGGCAUUCCAUUGGGCAGGUCUUGUCCAUCUCUAUCGUAGGAUCAUGGGCAAGCGAUCCGAGGAUGAGAUGGUUCAAACAGCCGUGCAGAAGAUCAUUGAAUGUUUUGGUCGAAUUCGACCGGGUGGAACAGCAGAAUCAUGUCUCCUAUUUCCUAUGUUCACUGCGGGAUGUGAUGCGAAGGACGAGGGACACAGAACCCUUAUCCUGAAUAGGUUCGUGACAGCUGAAAAUCACGGGAUGACCCAGAUACACAGUGCGCGUCGACUCAUGCAAAGAGUAUGGGAGACGGAAACGCCCUGGGAGACCUUGGUAAGCACGGAAUUUAUUGGAUAA